AAAGCAGGAAAAGAACCGCACAUCUCACCUAACAUUUAACAAAACCGAUUGCAAGAGGAAAAGAAGAAGAAAAAAGGCUCCACCGAAAUCAAUUUCCCACAGAAUCAAACAAAUCGUUGGAGUUGGAAAACAAAACAAGAGAAAAUGGGUGGACGCAAGUGUUUGUUAACGUUGGUGUUGAGUUUGGUGUUGAUGAUGAGUAUGGCAGAGGCGCAAUCUGGUACUAGCGCAGACUGCGCCCAGGAGCUAAUUCCAUGCCUGGACUACCUUAAUGGCACGAUCAACCCACCAAGCUCCUGCUGCGACCCUCUGAAACGAACAGUCCAAAACGAACUCGCCUGCCUCUGUAACAUCUACUUCUCCCCUGGCCUUCUUCAAAGCGUCAAUGUCACUGUCGAUGAGGCUCUCGGCCUCAGUCGCCGCUGCGGCGUCACUAGCGAUCUCAGCAGCUGCAAAAACGGGUCAGCUCCAGCUCCGGGUUCACGGCCACCACCAGCCACUCCUGGAGGUGACAAAGGAGGAGCAGGCACAGUCACAUUCACCGGGCUUUCUUUCCUCCUCUUAUUUUGGGUGUCUAUGCUGUUUAAUUAGGAAGGUGGUUGUUUAUCCUUCGGAGCCUCUACUAUGUUGAAGUUAUCUUUGUAUUUCUACACGUUGAUUAUUGAUAUAUGAUUGUAUUUUCUUUUCCCCGUUUUCUUCUUUUUUGUUUCUUUAAAAACCUCUGAUUCAAUUGAGUAAAAAGUUUAUUUAAAUGAACACUCUUCGUUGUCAAAUUUUA